GUUGACGUCACUUUGAAAGUGAGUUUGAGGGUGAUGGAGUCAUCCCCUCCCAUAUUUUGGUACACUUGACCAACGUUCUCUCGGAAACUGACAGAAAUCUGUCCUAACUUUCAUCUGAAGACUGGAUCUGGUGCAGGAUUGUGGGACAUUUGUGGUUGUCGGGUCACAGCCGGGUCAAAAGUGGGUGUUUACAGCUGGGUCGUGUGGCCAGCAGUUUUCGCGCGCCAUCUUGGGCUGAACUCGCGGGGGAGAACUCUCCAGGAAAGGCCCGGAUAGCGAGGCAAGAUGGAGGAGCACAUAAGCCUGGACCCUCGGAAACAGGAGCUCUUCGAGGCUCGUUUCCUGGGAGUCAUGAACAGAAGUCUCAACAGCCAGGACUCCAACCUCAGUAAUGUCAGCAAUGGCAGUGAAGGGCAGAGUUCUAUCAGUGACAAGGAGGCAGAGACACCUGAAAAAAGAACACCCACAGACAGAAAAAGAAAGCGGAAACAUGAGGAACAAGGGAAAGCAAAAGGACUUCCUACCAAGAAGAUUAGUGAAUAUUUUGAGUCCCAUUCCCCCCACGGGUCUGGUGCAGGUGUUAGUCCCAACAGAACAGGGAACUCCAUGAUGGCAGGCAUGGGUCUGGCCAGAUCACCCCCUCCUUCUGCAUCCUUCCAACCAGUGUCCCCUUCCAGUUCCAACUCUAAUUCCAACUUCAAUAGUAGGAUGGCUUAUGCAAGGUUUCAGAGUUCUCCUGCCUCAGGCAACAGUAUAGAUUACACAGGCUUGGUACCCUUCCAUCCUAAACCUGUCACUUCAACAACAGCACAGACUGAGAUGACGCUGGCCAGAAUAGCAGAACUGGAGCAGCGAGUUACCAAGGAACAGCAAAAGGAAAAUACUAUUGACGAUUUACAAAGGAUGAAUGGUGAACUGCGUGACCAGCUAAUAGCCACACAAAGAUUACUAGACAGACACAAGGACAACCUGUCCAAGUGUCUGGCCUUCAAUAGGAAACUUCUAAUAGAUCAGUCUGUUGCUGACCGGAAGGAAGUGCGGAGACGGAGUAUGGAGAACAGACUACGCAUCGGUCAGCACACUGUGGUCAGGAAGGGCGCGUCCUUCGAGGAGGAAUGGGUGGACGGAUGGGCUUAUAUCGAACUAAAGAAGAAGCAGAGAAAAAUAGAAGAACAAAAAGGAGAGAUAGAGAGAUUGAAGAAGACCCUCCAGAAGAGAAAACCCCCGAAGCCUGGUAACGGUCAGGGCGGGCGGUCGGGCAGCCUGAGUGACGGAGACGGGGUGUUUGCCAAGCCCCAGGUCCCAUCACGGUUUGGUGGACUUCCAAGCCAAACCAGUGAUGAGUACAAGUAUUACGAGCAGGAAGAAAUUCUCAAGAUAAAAAGUGCUCAGCUUAAGAAGGAGGAAGCUGAGGUAACAACAGAGCUGGAGAAGCUGGAGAGAGAGAAGAACCUGCACAUCAGGGAGAUGAAGAGGAUCAUGAACGAGGACAACUCACGGUUCCGAGACAACGAGACCCUGAACGACAGAUAUCUGCUGCUGUGUUUACUAGGGAAGGGUGGCUUUAGUGAGGUUCACAAGGCCUUUGAUCUAAAGGAGCAGCGAUACGUCGCCUGUAAGAUUCACCAACUCAACAAGGACUGGAAGGAGGAUAAAAAGGCCAACUAUAUCAAACACGCCAUGAGAGAAUAUGAAAUCCACAAGAAGCUGGAUCAUCCCCGGAUCGUCAAGCUGUAUGACGUGUUUGAGAUAGACAACAAUUCAUUCUGUACAGUCCUAGAAUACUGUGAUGGGAAUGACCUGGACUACUACCUGAAGCAGCACAAGUGUAUGGGUGAGAAGGAGGCACGCUCCCUCAUCAUGCAGGCCGUCAGUGCCUUGAAGUACCUAAACGAGAUCACACCACCCGUCAUACACUACGAUCUCAAGCCAGGCAAUAUCCUACUAGGUAGCGGCUCCUUUAGUGGUGAGAUCAAGAUCACAGACUUUGGUCUGUCCAAGGUUUGGGACAUGAAUGCAGACUCUCAGGAGGGCAUGGAGCUCACAUCACAGGGAGCGGGGACAUACUGGUAUCUGCCCCCGGAAUGUUUUGUGGUUGGGAAGAGCCCUCCCAAGAUCUCCUCCAAGGUGGAUGUAUGGUCCAUAGGAGUCAUCUUCUACCAGUGUCUGUAUGGGAGGAAGCCAUUUGGCCACAACCAGUCCCAGGCCACCAUACUGGAGAACCGGACUAUCCUGAAUGCCAAGGCGGUGGAGUUUCCUUCCAAACCAGCCAUCAGCCAGGAGGCCAAGAAUUUUGUGCGGCGUUGCCUGACCUACAGGAAGGAGGAGAGACCAGACGUGCACCUGUUAGCCCGGGACCCGUACCUGCACCCCAGCUUCAAGAAGUACGGCUCCAGCGGCAGUCUGGGCAGCCCAUCGGCACUCCUAGGAACAACCUUCGCUGCUGCUACAACCGGCAUGGGCAGUUUAGGGUCAGGGUCCGGGUCUGGUUCCAACUAAAACUGGUCAGACUAGUUCUGGAUGUGACUCUUACCAUGGAGACACCGGAGUGCUAGCUUCAGCCGGUCCCCUUUGGACUAACGUUGGAAUGUAAGAACGCCAUUCCAUGGACUUCUGAGACUAUGCCAAACAGACUGAACUCAUUGGACUGGAGACAUUCAGCGUUACCAGAGAGAAAAAACUUCUGGACUGCUGAGAUGGAAAUGUCAUCACAUGUAAAAGAGACCUGUCACCAAUGUAGCAGGCACAUGUGCUGUAGUCAACUACAUAGCUCCAUCUUCUUUUAAUUUUAUUUAUGUUCACUCUGUAUAAAUCUUGUUUGUUGUAGGAUAUGACUUAGUAGUUCCACUCUCAGGCUGUGAAAUGGAUAGAGAAUGCAUUGCUAUCCAAAUGAUGUAAAUACAAUUUCCUCAAUUAGUGUAAAGAGAUGUAAAGCCUUCAGUAGACUCAGAUGAAACCAUUGUGCUGUGUAUAUAACUUGGACCCCACUCAGAUGACGGUCUGGUUCUAGCUGAAGCUGAAGUUCCUACUGUUGCCGAGGCUUCCCCUCAGUCCCUACUGGCUAAUUCUACAUGGUGCAUGCCAAGGAAAGUGAAUUCACAUGAAUGCAACCAAAGGGAGCAUCUGUCAAAGCAGGAACUCCAGCUCCUAGAUCCAGGACUGUGCUUCUUGAAUGAAAUGCUGCAAAAAAAGUACACAGCCGCUAGGAAACUAUAGUAACUAACUUCAUCCUGGUGCUUCUUCCCUUGUGGAAAUGAACUGAUAUAUGAGACCAGGUCAGAGGUCAAACAUAGCUUCACCUUCAACCUUCUGAAAUACCAGUGAAUCAGUCUCUGUAGAAUCUAAUGGUUAAACUAAACUAUGCUUCUACCUAAGAUAAGCAGGCUUCAAUGUAGCAAUUGUAAAGAAGGCCACAUCUUGUCAAUGCCUCCAUCCAGACUUAUGCAUGUUGGAAUGAGAAAAAAUUGUUGCAGAGAAAUUUGAAAUGCUCACUGUUGGCACAGAACUUACAGGGGAUGGGGGACUUAUAGAAAAAUACCCUCCCUCAAAAAGUUCUGUACGGACUCGUCAUAUGAAGGUGUAAGAAGUUGGUGUUAAUCCAUCUAUAGCUCUGAGCCCUGUCAGCGGUAUUUCCUUUUUUAUUGGUCUCUGCUCAGUUAUGUUAUGCCUAGUGUACAAGUUAGUAUGUUCAGACCCAGUAGAGCCUCUAAUGUUGCUUGCAGACGAGUAAGGUUCAGUCCAAGGGAAGACAACUACAUGGUAAAUCUUUCCUCCCGAUUUGGAGACUAACCUUAUGUGUAUUUUGCAUAUACACACGUGUAGAAGAAAUUCAUUUCAAGAACGUUGUACAAACUGGUCUGACUUACCAACUGUAAAGAAUGUUACGUUGUGAGACUCUGAUCUUUUGACAACAGCUGUAUGAGACAUCAACUUUGUAGGAACUGUGAUGUGAGACCAACUUGUCUCUCACCACUUGCUGAUGUUACGGGAAGAACACAAACAAUGGAUGAAUGUAGAGGUAGCAGCUUUUCAUUUGUCAUUGACAGCACACAAUAACAGAUGCAAUUCAAACCAA